GGCGGGGCGGCGGGGCCGUGCCGUGCCGGGGCGGGCGGCGGCGCCGGGGCAGUCAGCCUGCGCGCUGGGCACCGUGCAGGCGGCCGGCAGCGAGGCACGGAGGCAGCCAGCGUCCCCGCCACGACGCGGCGCUGAGGCUGGUCGCCUCCCGUCCCCCUCCUCCCCCGUCCCCGACACACAAAGGCAGCCGCAGCUUGGACGGGCGAGGGAAGCGCUCUCCAUCGCCAGGGCUCCGGUGCAGCGACUCGGCUGGUCUUCUCCAUACUCAUGAACAUACAAAGGUCAACCCCUAUCACGAUAGCACGAUAUGGGAGACCGCGGAAUAAAACCCAGGAUUUUGAGGAGCUCUCGUCCAUACGGUCCAUCGAGCCAAGCCAGAGUUUUAGCCCGAAUUUAGGCUCGCCGAGCCCGCCGGAGACCCCGAACUUGUCGCAUUGCGUUUCUUGCAUCGGGAAAUACUUAUUGUUGGAGCCUCUCGAGGGAGACCACGUUUUCCGAGCCGUACAUCUGCACAGCGGCGAGGAGCUGGUUUGCAAGGUAUUUGAUAUUGGCUGCUACCAGGAGUUAUUAGCACCAUGUUUUUGUCUGCCUGCGCAUAAAAAUAUCAACCAAAUUACUGAAAUAAUUCUUGGGGAGACAAAAGCAUAUGUGUUCUUUGAAAGGAGCUAUGGGGACAUGCAUUCGUUUGUUCGUACCUGCAAGAAGCUUAAAGAGGAGGAGGCAGCCAAGCUCUUCUAUCAAAUAGCUUCCGCUGUUGCACACUGCCAUGAUGGUGGACUGGUACUGCGAGAUCUCAAGCUGCGAAAGUUUAUUUUCAAGGAUGAGGAAAGGACUAGAGUGAAGUUGGAAAGCCUAGAAGAUGCUUAUAUUUUAAGAGGAAAUGAUGACUCUCUUUCUGAUAAGCAUGGAUGCCCAGCCUAUGUGAGUCCAGAGAUCUUGAACACAAAUGGCAGCUACUCUGGCAAAGCAGCGGACGUAUGGAGUCUAGGUGUCAUGCUUUAUACCAUGCUAGUUGGACGCUAUCCUUUCCAUGACAUUGAGCCUAGUUCCCUCUUCAGCAAGAUCCGUCGUGGGCAGUUUAACAUUCCAGAAACUCUAUCCCCCAAGGCAAAAUGUCUCAUACGUAGCAUACUGCGUCGGGAGCCAUCAGAAAGGCUGACUUCACAGGAAAUUCUGGACCAUCCAUGGUUUUCUACAGAUUUUAAUGUAUCGAAUUCAGGAUAUGGUGCUAAGGAAGUAUCAGAUCAGCUGGUGCCUGAUGUCAACAUGGAAGAAGACUUGGACCCAUUCUUUAACUGAGCACAAAGACUGGUGUUCAGAAGGUACACAACCUGGAGAUGGACACAUGAAGGAGCCCUUCCUGACCAUGUUAAAUCACAUCCUACAUCAGCCUAGCUUGGUAGCAAAAGACACUCAGAGGUCCUCGGGUUGAGAAGGAACCUCCACAAGGAGCUAAUAUAACAAAUGUAGCAUGGGGACAGACUGGGGGGGUGGGGGGAGCUUGCUAUCAGGUUAGAUUGAUUUGGAGGAGAAAAGGCAGCAUGGAGCAAUUGUAGCUUCUCACCUUUUUUGGAGCCAAGGAGACUGCACAUGCCAAUUCUGGUGCAGCUGUAUCACACCUGUUUCUGUUCUAUUAAAAAAUAGUGGUAACUCACGACAAAUAGAAACUUUUGCCUCAGCUCACAUCUUGGCAUCGCACUGUUAGAUAUUUAACUUCAGCCAUUAUUCAGGGAAAGUAAAAUUGGCUAACUUUUUUUUUUUAAUCAGAUGUCUAAUAAUUAAUGGGGUUAAUUUAAGAAAAAAAUUAGGUGCACAAAAUGGACAUGGAAAGUGGGUGCUAAAAAACAAACAAAAUUUAGGUUCAUGUCUCUUGAUAGCUAUUUUCAACUCAUUUCUUCUAAAUAAACUACUUAAUAUUCUUGUCAGGAAAUGACAUUUUAAUGCUUUGUUCCCUUAAGGGGAAGUAACUGUCAUUUAACAAGCUGUUCUGUUUUGUGUCAAAUGGUUUGUUGCAGGAAGCUAUUAUAACUCGAACUUCCAGAUGCAUUACUGCUAUAAUAGGGGAAAAAAAAGAAGAAAACUAUAUAACUUCUUUUUAAAGAUAUGAGAUACUGGCUUCCAUAUCUGCCGUGCUGCACGUAUAUGACUAGAGAGGGCAGAAAGCCUUUAGUUGUGUCUUUAUAUGAGAACCGAUCUCUUCUUUAACUGACUGGCCCACAUGUAAAUAGAGGGCUCUUUAUUAUUGAAGAAGAGUAUUGUGGGGUUCUUUUUCUUUAAAUUCCCCUCACCUUGGGAAAAGAAUUGUUUGGGUUUGGUUUUUGUUUAUGUCCAGAAUAAGAAAUAAGAGGGUAUUAAUAAGCUGAACAUUUAUAUUACAGAUAUUCCUCUUGAAACAUACACAGUAAUAUGCACCUUUUGUAUUGUCAAGACUUAUUCUAUUUAUUGAAGAAAAUGUCACAGUAGUGAUG